GCAAGUCAAAUCAACAUCAUCUUAGAUCUAAAAUUCUUUUGGAGUUUUUCUUUUUUUAAAAUGUUUUGGCUCGGCAUCAGUUUGCUCUGCAUCCUUUUGUCCAAUUCACUUGAGGCGUAUCCUGUGAAUGAUCAAGCGCCUGCCGAACUCUCAGAUCCAGCGGAUUAUCCUGAUCUAACUAGUGGCUUAAGUAAUGCCGAAAUUGAGGCUACUUUAAAUGAUCUUUCCCUGAAUGAUUUGAAUUCAUUGGACAAAUUGCUAGACGAAAAUGGCAAUGAAAUUGCAGAACCCAAUAACGCAAGUCCAGGAGCAACGCGCAAUAGGGAAACUAAGUCACAACAACACGAGAAUUUCGAUUUUGAAGUAAAUCCUGUUGAUGACGAAUAUCUGGGAAACAAUUGUCGCGAGGAAGAGGACGAUGGUAAGGAAAAGGAGGCAUCUAAAUGCACAGAAGAACCAAAAUCUACCAAGAAGUGUACGACAACCUGUUCGACAACUGCUUCAACCACAACACGCAAGGCAACAUGUCCCUCAACAGAAAAGAGCACCACUAAAUGCACGGAUUCGGGAUCAAAGCAUAAAAUGGGAGGAUUCCUUGAUGAUGAUUUCAAUAUGUCGAGUUGUGCAGAGAAGUUCAAGUUAAAGAAAUGUAAAAAAACCAAACCAAAAUGUGAGAAUGUCUGCGAUGUAAAUGAUGCCGAAUGCCUGCAAAGAAAUUUGGACAGGCUCAAGCAACAGAAGACCAAUUUGCAGGACUACAAUAUAGAGAACAUACCCAAUUCCGACUCUGACCCCCCUCUGGACUAUGAUCUGGAGGACACUGAAUUGAAGGACUUGGAUCAACCACUUGAUCCUCUGAAACCCAAGAAGGAACUAAAUGACUGGGACGAAGAAAAGAUGUUUAACGUCGAUCUCGAUAAACCUAAGAAUUUGGAUGCCAAUUGGGAUUCGAAUGACUACAAAGUAGCCCCGAAAAUGAGUCAAACUUGGAGUCAGUCCAAUGCAGAGCCCGAAGAAGAGCAGCCAUCAAUUAAACAGACCAAAGAUGAUUCUCAGCUUGAACGAGAACGAAAAGAUGCAAAAGUGGAAUCUGAAAAGAUUCCCACUAAACAAGAAAAGCAGGAUGAAGAUGAUAUGCCAUCGGAUGAUCAGCCUCAGCAGCAAGAGGUCAGCGAUGACCAAGAGCAACAACAAGUAGCAGAUAGAGAACAAGAAAUAAUUGAUGGUGAAAGUUUUAUUGCCCAAAAUGCUUGCGAUCCGCCACGUUAUCUAAUCCAAAGCGAAAAUGGUGACUACUUUCAAAGCGAUAAUGAGUCUGCACUUCAAAAAUUGCAUGAGGAGGAUCAGAGACAAUCCCAAAAAUAUGAAGUAGACAGAACGGACGAGAAAGAACAAUUAUACUUUCAGUCACAAAUCACACGCAACAAGCGUGAAAAUAAACAACUAGACGAUGCACCUGAGAAUGACGCUGAAAGUUAUUUCAAAAAGUUAAUGGACUCAUUUCCACGUGAUCAGGGCAGUCAGAGUAAUGUUAAUAUAGCCUUUAAGGAAGAAUGGCGACCGCAUUUACGCGUUAAACGCAGUUGACUUAUUUAUUGCGUUCCUUUUUUCUUUUUUCCUUAUCAUAUAUAAUGCGUAUAUAUAUAUUUUUAUAUGAUCAAAUAAAUCGAAAGAUAAACUCACCGUUGCAAUCCCUCUAAUAGCAGCGGUGUUAGGAACACAUUUAGUUGACCCUUUAGCCUGGCCACCACCGAUGUACAGGCAGCUCCACCUUCAGCCUGUAGACUCAUGAAUUCACCAUCAUCAAAACCAUUUGUGGUCUUGUCCGUUUCUUCUUCUUUAAGCAAAACACUCGGAUCCCAGGGAUGUGAUUUCGGGCCACCCAUAAAUGUGGCCGAACUAUUGCUACCAGUAGCAUUCUCGUAGCGAGGAACCACUUUGAUUUCACGCCAACAUGAAUACAAAUCAAAAUGUGGCAACAUUUUGCUACCGAUAUAAGUCAGGCCACCAUCUUCGUUCUCGUGAAAAAGAGGCGUAGAAAAGACAUCCGGUCCCAAGGGAAACGAACAGCCGCACCAAUUAAAACAUUUCACCUGGGACAAAUGAUUUAAAUAGCUGGCCAUAAGAAGUGGGGAAUCGAUAAUGGGUCGAUUAAUUUGUUGAUGGAGAUUGAUCAACGCAACAUCCUCUUGCGAUGACAUGGCCGAUAUGAAAGAGUUGGACGAUAGCGAAGGAGUUCCUGAUGAAGAUCCAUGUGAAUCCGCCUAAGAAAAAAUAAAUCAAAAACAAUUAUAAUAUCCAAUUGUAA